AUGGCACGCCGAGCCUCCUCGAAUGCCCAGGCACCCCACCGCGGUGAAGUCUUCUCCGUAGACGAUGGUAUUAGCGAGGUUGAGGCAGAGCAGAUUGGACGUAUGCAGAACUUCCCUCAGGCAUCCACGCUGCGAAGACGCGCUAUGGCCCCGGCCCUAAGCCGCGUGCAUUCGAGCCGAGACGACGACGAAGAUGUCGAGCAGAAUGAAUCACGCCUAGGAGGCGACCCGGCCGAGGAGAGCACCCCAAUUCCAACUCCUGCGCCGAUCGAAGAUCCUAUCGACGAGGAGACGACUCCCGAAGAGGACAUAGGCGGUGGCGAUGACGAAGACGACGACAUUAGUGACGCGGAGAGCUUUACACUCAAGGAUCGGCAACAGGCCAUCAACGAGACACAUCCAUUCGGUAUUCGGUUGUGGAAGCCUGCGUUGUACAAGAAAGAUAGAUCGGUCCAGAAAAAUGCCGAAGGAGACAUUCAUAGCUCCCCGGGCGGACGAGUCAGCCACUGGCUUCUCUUCUUCAACAUCGCCUGGACUCUGUGCUUCGGUUGGUGGCUAGCCCUCAUUGCAUUUGUCGCUGCCGUGGUCUGCUUCCUUUUCGCUGCAACACGUAGCGGCCGGGAAUACGGGCAAGUCCUCUGGGGGCUCGCCGGCUAUUUGCUCUACCCCUUUGGCAAGUUUGUCCGGCUGGAGCAGCAGGAACCCUACAUCGACGAGGAUGAGGGUGAAGGCCGGAGUAUAAGUGAAUACGAACAGUGGCAGAGCGGCGACCUGGAAGCAGUGGGUUUGAAAUAUUGGAAAUAUACCAUUGACGGUACCAACAUCUUCCUCAUCAACCUCAUGGCCGUUGUGCUCUUUGUGAUCUUCGACUGGCUUGUACUGGACGGAGUUCUACACAUCGAGAACUUCAUCACAUCACCCGCGUUUCUCUUCGUCGCGGCCCUGUUCUCCAUCAUCCCCCUGGCAUACUUCAUUGGCCAGGCUGUGGCAUCUAUCUCGGCCCAAUCUUCUAUGGGUCUGGGUGCUGCCAUCAAUGCCUUCUUCUCCACAAUCGUCGAGGUCUUCCUUUACUGUGUUGCCUUGAAUCAAGGAAAGGGGGCUCUGGUGGAAGGAAGUAUCAUUGGCUCCAUUUUUGCCGGUAUCCUCUUCCUGCCUGGCCUCUCCAUGUGCUUCGGCGCUAUCAAGAGGAAGACGCAACGCUUUAACGCCAGGUCUGCCGGUGUCACAUCAACCAUGUUGCUUUUCGCCAUGAUUGGUGCCUUUGGGCCUACCCUUUUCUAUCAAAUUUACGGCACACACGAACUCAACUGUCUGGAUUGUGUCAACUACGGUCAUCCUAAUCAAGGGUUUUACCUGGAAGCUGUGCGACCAUACUGCUAUAUGGCUGCGGCAAUGCUGUUCCUCAGCUAUAUCAUAGGUCUGUGGUUCACGCUACGUACCCAUGCUGCGGUCAUUUGGAAUACGGAAAUCGACGAGAAGAAGCAUGAGGAACACGUCGCUCCACGGGCAGCCAUGCAUACUGGGGCUGAGGCUACUGGCGCGGAUAUCCGUGACUCGCAUCUCUACAAGCGAAUUUUGGGGCAGUCCCUUAGACAGGUCGGACUUCCGCCUCAUUCAGAAGAUCAUUCCCGUCGUGAGCACACUAUAAAUACCAGCCUCCGGGGCAACGGUUCUGUUGCAACUCCUCACGUCGUCCCGCCCAAGACAGAUUAUAUGCGCGGCGCCGUUCACUUUCCUGGAUUCACAGAUGCAGAGUCUGAUCAGUUUGUGCAUCAAGUGGCCGAGAUAGCAGCCACUGCCGCCACGGUUGCUGCUAGAGACGCACGUGGUCUCACACGACAGACAUCCACUACUGGCACAGUUGGUGCGGCAUCCAUCAGCAAGGGCACGAUUGGGUCUGGAAGCAUCAAUCACAGACCGACUCCAAUCCGGACUGCAACAUUCCAUGAUCAUGAGGAGGCUGCCGAGGCCGUUGCCCAUAGUGGUGCGGCGCACGGUGGACACGAUGCUCCAAAUUGGAGCCGACUCAAGUCUGCCGUGAUCCUAAUGGGGGCUACCAUACUAUAUGCGAUCAUUGCUGAGAUCCUUGUCGACACGGUGGAUGUGGUUCUUGAAGGAUUUGCAAUUGACGAAAAGUUCCUGGGUAUUACGCUGUUCGCCCUCGUGCCGAACACGACGGAAUUCCUGAACGCCAUUUCAUUCGCCAUGAACGGCAACAUCGCACUAUCCAUGGAGAUUGGAUCGGCAUACGCGCUACAAGUCUGCCUUCUCCAGAUUCCUGCGCUUGUCCUGUUCUCUGCCAUCUAUCCCAUGAAGCUACCCUCGCCGGAUGUGGACCUUGCGCACUACACUUUCUCUCUACUGUUUCCACAAUGGGACAUGGUCACUGUCAUCCUCUGCGUGUUUUUGUUGUCGUACAUGUACGGCGAAGGAAAGAGCAACUACUUCAAGGGCAGCAUUCUGCUGCUCAGCUACUUCGUUGUCGUGGUUGGAUAUUAUCUUAGUGGCUACAGCGAGGAGUCAGACGCUGUCCACGGCCUGAGCCGAUUCGACACCUGGGGUGCAGACGGAUGGCAGAGCUACGGCGUGAGCGAUGAGUCUUUCAAGACAGUGGGGAGGAGAAGCACCGGCAUGGCGUUCUAA